GCCAUAUGCGUGUGACGCAGAAUGGACGCACACUUGGAGAUUCGCUGAUUUACAAAUCAUCACAUAGUUCAUGUACAGUCGCUGUUUUAAUAUAUACAUCAUAAUAUGUGUAAAAGGCGCAGUGACUGUUGUAUCAAAUCAAAGCUCAGUAAAGAUGGCGGCGUUAGCAGUGGUGGAAACCCCAUCUGGGAAAGAUGCUCUCGCGGAGGGUUUGCUGGACCUCUUGAGACCCGCGGUACAGCAACUUGACUUACAUGUGCACUCAGUCAGAGAAAGCCAAGUGGAACUUAGGGAACACAUUGAUAAUUUGGCAUCUGAGUUGUGUAGGAUCAACGAACACCAGAAGGUGGCACUAGACUUAGACCCAUAUGUUAAAAAACUUCUUAAUGCCAGGAGAAGAGUGGUGCUUGUCAAUAACAUACUCCAGAAUGCACAGGAACGUUUGCGGAGGUUGAACCAUAAUGUUGCUAAGGAGACAGCACGCAGAAAGACCAUGCUUGAGGCAUCUGGAGCAUUUACCCCACGCUCUCCUAGCAAACCAUGAUGUCCUGAAUCUCACAUUUUGGGAAUGCACCAUUACACUGUGCUCAAUGCCAAGGACCAACGCUGUAGAUUUGCAGAAUCUUCCUCACAUUGUUAAAGGGCACUGGGCUAUGCAAAGCACUGCUACAGCAGAAUUAAUGUCAGUUCAUUUAAGAGUAGUCAGGGAGACAGCAGUGUAAAUAUGCACUCAUUUCUUUGUUGAACAUAUGACUUUUUGAAUAAAAGGAUUUGUCUGUAUGAGUGUAACUGAUGCUGAAAAAUGCUCUUAUAUUGCAGUGCUGUGGAUUUGCUAAUUAUUUGCAAAUGUAUAAAAUGAUUAAUCAGUACUGUCAGAGAUAGUAUCCAGUUUAAUGUACCAGAUAAGGAAAUCUCCUGCCAGUCUUGAUUUAGUCAGUGAGAGCAGAUUAUUGUAAAUUUUUUGAUGGAAAUUAUCCACACUUAGCAGUUUAGUGAAUUAUUUUAUUACCAUAUUUUUUUUCUUGGUUUUAUAUGCAAGCUUGUUUCUGUCACAUAAUAAUAAUAAUAAUAAUAAAAAAUACAAAAUGUAA